AUGUCGACUUAUGAAAGGACUCAAAGGACAUUAGAUAAAACAAAAUGUAUUAAAUGUAACAAGUUUCUUCGUAAACUAUCUGGAAAGAAAAAAGUUGUAAACAUUGAGAAUGAGGCAAAGGAUUUUUCAAAAAUUUUUGGUGAAUCCAUAGUUAUUGGUGAUAUAAUAUGUUGUAAAUGUAUGGCACAGUUUCGCCUUCACAAACAUAAAGAGAAGUUAAAAUUACAAAAUAAUCCUCAAGAAAAUAUCUAUGACAAUCUUAAUAGAUCAGAAUCUUCGCAGACUACUGUUACGUCUUCUCAGACAUCUACAGAAGAUCAAACAAUAGUUUUUAAGUCUUCAAGUUCAAAGAUGGAUUUUCAAUUCACGGAAAUGCCAUUUAAUAGAACAGUUAUAUCACAUACAUAUUGCUGUCUCUGUAGUGGAAAAACAAACUUAAUUGUUGUUCCAUUUGAAGCUCGUAUGCAAGUUUUUCAAGAGAGAAGAGUAUUUAUUCCUAAAGGCAAUCGCUGUUGCUCUAAUCAUUUAAUUAAAAAACGCUUCUUUGAGGAAGAGCUACAGUUAAUACGAAUAUAUUCAAACAGAAGUAUGAUAGAAGUCAUAGAAAUAGUGAAAUUAUUAGAAUAUAUGUCUGUUAAAAGUAAUUUCGAGAUUAAAGACAAAAUUGGUGAUUUUUCUCUUUCGGAAGAGCGCAUUAAAACAUUCACAGGUUUAACAUGGAAAAACUUGAUUCAAUUAAAAAAAAUGAUGACUUCAAUAAGAAAUUCCGAAUGCCGAAAUAUCCUGCAAGCUAUUGUUAUAUUUUUAUUUAAAUUAUGCAGCGGUAAUUCGAACAGUAUGAUUGCCGCUAUUCUGGGACUUCAGUAUGACCAGCAAGUAUCAAUGUGUUCAGAAUCGGUGAUAAAAUCUUUUGAAAAAGAUAUUUUACCUAUUUAUUUUGGCUUUAAAGCAUUUUCUCGAAACGAUCUUAUUCAAAAUCACACAUCAGUUAUGGCCAGGAAGCUAUAUGACAUCAAAGAAGAUCAGUUGGUGUUGAUUUGUGAUGGAACGUAUCUACAACACGAAAAGAGUUCGAAUAAUGAGUACCAACGGAAAUCAUUUUCAGUUCAAAAGAAGAUGCCAUUAUGCAAACCGUUUACGAUUUGUACAACAGAUGGUUUUAUUGUUGAUACACUAGGUCCAUUUUAUGCAAAUCAAAAUGAUGCACAAAUUAUGAAAAUAAUUAUGUCAGAUCCAAAUGGUUUAAGAAGCCUGCUAAGAAAAUGUGAUAUUUUUAUACUUGAUCGAGGCUUUCGUGAUGUUAAACAAUAUUUAGAAGAACAAGGUUACCAAGUACUCAUGCCUGCAUUGAAAGGCCAACGUUCUCAACUGACUACGGAAGAAUCUAAUGAAUCACGUCGUAUAACAAAACUUCGCUGGCCUGUUGAAGCAGUCCACGGAGUAAUUGGUCAAAAAUACCGUCUUCUACAUCACAAGUUAGAUAACAAACUGCUUCCCAAAGCAGGAUCAUAUUGCCGGAUAGCUUGUUUUCUAAAUAAUACGUUUGGAAAACGUUUCAAUUCAGAUGUAGAUUUAUCUGAUGAGAUUGUAGCUCAAAUUAAAUCUAGAGCAAGUGUCGAAAAUACAUUAGCCUUGGAAGUAGAGACACAAAGAUGGAGUAGCCGAAAAUUACCGUUUCAGCCACUGAUAUCGACUCAUUUACUCGAUUUCCCAGAAAUGACAGAAAAAGAUUUAAAAAUUUUUUUCACAGGAUCCUAUCAAUUAUCUCAAUCAAUAUCUUACUUGGCGGAAAUAAUGAAUCAAAAUAAUAUUAAUCUCCAUUACCUUAAAAAGAAGAAUGACAUAAUCAAAGUUCAAAUCAGAUCACGACAUGUCAACAAAAAGAGGUAUAAUUGCUACAUCCAUUAUGCUCCAAAUACUAUUGGUUACAACGGUAUUUUACGCUACUUUUGUGAAUGUGCAAAUGGCAGAUGCACGAUUGGAUGCUGCUCGCACGUGGCUGCAAUUAUAUAUUAUUUAUCUCACGCUAGAUACUUAUCUAAAAUUAUUAGACCUGCAGAGAUUUUAAGUCGUCUCUUUAAUGUUGAAGAAGUAAAUCCUGUAAUCAAUGACGAUAGCGAUGAAGAUUAA